CUAGUAUUGCAGGUCAUUUAUGGAUAAAAAUGAGAAGUAAAAAUAGAACCAAACUUGAUUUACUUAAAGCACAAUUGCAAGCUGCUUUGGUAGCUGAAAUUAAUGAUGAUUUAGAAGAAUUUGUUGAUAGCAAUAAUGAAGAUAAUGAAUUUGAUGAAGAUGAAUUUGGAGCAGCAUUUGUACAAAGUUUACAGAAUGAAUAG